AUGACAGAAAGAGAUUAUACUACAUUUGAAACUAUAGACUUAACCAGUGAAGAAGUGUUACAAUGUUCAUAUUCCAACUGGUCGAAAUUGUUUCCUGGUAAAACAUUCCCAUCUAAAAUUAUCAAACCUUUGCCUUCCACCUUUUUAGAUUAUUUGGCUAGUGAGAGUAUUCGUUUGCCUUCAAAUACCAACAAUAAGAAAAUAACAGUAUUAGAAGCAGAUAGCGAUAAUGAAUAUAGUGAUUGGGAUGAUGAGGAGGACCAACAACAGGAUGCUGAGCAUAAUGACAAUGUCUUUAGUCAGUUCCAAGAUAUACAAGAUAAAAUUGAUGCCUCGAUCCAAGAAAUGGGUGGAGCUGUAUUCACUAAAUUAAAUUGGUCGAGUCCUAAAGAUGCAAAAUGGAUUAUGCCAGGAAACACGAUUAAAUGUCAAAAUGUUAGUGAUGUAUAUUUGUUAUUAAAUUCUUCAGAUCAUAUUGGUGAUGAUUUGGAUAAUCCAUUUCUGGAAGUGCAGAAAAAGAAGACGAUUCCUGAAAAAGUUGAUUACGAGUUGGUGUUAACGAAAUGGCAAGAGAUAAAUCCGGCAUAUGAGUUUAGAGUAUUUGUUAAAGAUCAUCGAAUUAUUGGUAUAUCACAACGAGAUAAUAAUAAAUAUGAAUUUUUACAAGGAUUAAAACUGGAAUUGAAUGAAAAGAUUACACAAUUUGUUGAAGAUCAUGUGAUACCUAAAUUAAAAUCCGAUACUCAACUAAGCAAAUAUAUUGUCGAUGUGUAUGUGUCCAAGAAUGAUAUUUACAUAAUAGACAUUAAUCCAUUUUCUAGAAAAUCCGAUUCUUGUUUAUUCACAUGGGUAGAAUUGUUAGACAAAAAGGAUAAACAUGACAACCACCACGAAUUAAGAUUAGUGGAGAAUCAAAAUUUUGCUAAAGAAUUUAGUGAAUCUCAAGUACCGAUUGAAGUUGUUGGUGCAACAAUGGAUACUGAAGCUAUGGUUGAACUAGCUAGAGAAUGGGAUAAAUUACAAGCCAAAGAAAAAUAA